AGCCGCCGCGACCCCCCCAACUCCGGCGGCCGCGAUGCAGAUCCUCCGGCGGAAACUUCUGGAAGCUUCCCGCCGCCUCCUCCCCCUCUUCGACUCCGGCGCCGCGCCCACCGCCCACCACCGUGGCCACUCCCAUGCCGUCGCCACCCUCGCCGCCGCCGCCCUACGGGACCAGGCCGCCGGCUCCCUCGCCGCAGCCCCGUGGGCCGCCAUCCAGCGCCGCGGCGCGAAGAUGCUCGGCUCCGAAGUGAAGCUUGGAAACGUAAUACAGAGAAAAGGUCGCAUUUACCAGGUGAUAAAAGCACAACAUUCACAUCAAGGUAGAGGAGGAGCUACUAUACAGGUGGAACUGAGGGAUGUUGACACUGGCAACAAAAUAACCGAACGAUUUCGUACUGAUGAGGCUCUCGAGAGAGUUUUUGUUGAAGAGAAAUCAUUCACAUAUCUCUAUCAGGAAGGAGACACUGUGACUCUUAUGGAGCCUGAAACAUUUGAGCAACUUGAGGUGUCAAAGGAACUGUUUGGCAAAACUGCAGCAUAUCUGAAAGACGAAAUGAAGGUGACUCUACAAUACUUUGAUGGCCGACCUAUGUCUGCAUCAGUGCCUCCGCGUGUGACUUGCACGGUUGUUGAAGCACAACCUCAUACAAAAGGGAUAACUGCACAGCCUCAAUAUAAAAGGGUAUUGCUGGAUAAUGGUCUUACAGUGCUUGUACCAUCCUUUGUUGAAGCCGGUGAGAACAUUGUUAUUAGUACUGCAGAUGAUUCAUAUAUGACGAGGGCCUGAGGGCAGUACCAAUUGCUCCAAAAUUGGUGCUCGGCUUGCAUUUGCUAGGGUAAAAUUUUAACCGUCCUGUUGUGGAAAGACGUCACCUAGCUUUAUUCUGAUCCGGCUUCGUUAAUAAUUCAGUAUUCAACAAGUUCUGUACUCAUACGUGCUUUUCAAUUCGUCUUUUUGAGUUCUUCAUAAAUACAACCCCACCAAGGUACCCCAUGAAACUUUCGCGGGAACACGUAUAUACAGAUGCUAUUGCUUAUUGGUAUCGAGGGCCUGUUUGUGGAGCUUUAGAUUUUAAGAAGUGGCUAUUUGGUAGAAUAUGUAAAAGCUUUGAAAUGGCUUCUUUAGUUUAUUUUCCAGAAUAUGUAACCAUAGAUUCUCAGAAGCUAUGAAUCGUUUCGUUUGGGGCAGUUUCUGGCAGAAACAGCUUUUGGGAAAAAACUACAGCUAGGAAAAGCUCUUCCAAACAGACCCUGACUAUGGUUUUGUAGUCUAUACUUUUAUUAGCUGCUAGGUUUACGCCAUGACUUCUGUUACGAACCCACUUGAUUCUCAAUCUCCA